AUGAAAUUCCUUAUCUGCUUCGCUCUCUUCGUUGCUGCUGCUAGCGCUCAUGUUGUGGCUCCCGUAACCACCUAUGCUGCUGCUGCUCCAGCUUAUACCACUUAUGCUGCUGCCGCUCCAGCAUACACCACCUAUGCUGCCGCACCUGCUUAUACCACCUAUGCUGCUGCAGCUCCAGUUUAUACCCGCUCCUUGUACACAGCUCCUGCUGCCUAUACCACCUACUCAGCCCCAGCUGUUGUUUCAACUCACUCUGCUGCUGUUGUUGCUCCAGCUGCCCCCGCUGUCUACACCACUUUGUUGAAGAAGAAGUAAAUUCUUUGAAAUUGGAAUGCGUCGAUUAAUUAGGAACAAAAUGAAAGUGAUCGCAAAU